UUAUUUGACUGAUGGCCAGCAUACAAGAACUUGGCAUCUUUUCAAGAACGGAUGUUUUGUUAAUCUUUAUCAAAGUCCAUGUCACGGUUUUUAGUAGAGGACAGCAUUUGGAAAUAAAUGGUAGCAUAACUUGACCAUAUUGAAUUUAAAAAAGAUAAAACGAGGGACAAUGCAUAGCCUAACGUGGACAUUUAUAAUAGUCCACUGUUUGGGUGCCAUGGCCACAAAUUUGUCCCCUCUACCCUGUAAUGACAAAGGUGUGGAGAAACUGGCACGACUUGCCAUAACUUACAUCAAUGAGGACCGACAAACAGGAUACAAAUUUGCCCUCAACCGGAUUUUCAACGUCCACGUUUAUCCUCAGGGUCCAGCUGGGAAGGUCUACUAUCUGGACCUGGACGUUCUUGAGACCAAGUGUCAUAUCCUAAGCCCCAAAUCCUGGAAGCGUUGUGACAUAAGGCCUUUCAUGGAAACACAAAUCUCUGGAAAUUGCAACACCACUAUUUUACAUACACCAGAUGGAUUCUCUUACCUGUACAGCUAUGACUGCACUCUCGUUCCAGACCCACCAGAAAAGUUACAGAGGACAUGUCCAGACUGCCCCCUGCUGUUAGCCGUAGGCAGUGACAAGGCAGUGUCCACCGCUAAGACGACUCUUCAGAGAUACAAUUACCAGAGCACCUUACCAGUCAAACUGACCUUAGGAGCCAUUACCAGGGCCUCCCACCAGAUUUCUCCAGUUGCAGCCAGUUUUGUUGAGUAUACAGUCCAAGAGUGCACUGUGGCACCAGUGGAGGAGGUUUUGUGUGUGCCAGCAGAUGCAGGGAAAGGGGCCGUUGGAUUCUGCAUUGGGGCGGUUUUUGGUGCAGACCCUGCACAGGCAGGCGUUAAGGUGUCUUGUGAAAUAUUCCAACCGCAGCGCAUUGGGAUUUCAGCUGUUGUUCCACAGCAAGAGGAAAAGUCUAUCACUCGACAGGAUGCUCCAGCCCCUCCAGUUUAUGUUCCUGAUGCCCACGUCCCUACAUUUCAAGACACCAGUCAAGGUGGAUCUGUGCUAGUAGACCCUGUUCAACAGCUUAUUCCUCACGGUCCUAGACCACACCCAUCCCAUCUCCCUGUGUCCAGUGAAUCCAGCGAGUCAGCUGAGACAGGAUGUUCUUCAUCAGAAGAACUUCCAGGCUCUAUUCGCAUCGCCAGGCCUCCCGUAGACUUCCGCUAUGCAGCUUUGCGCCAGAAGAGACAGGCACCUACAGUCAUCAAACCCCUACACAGCCCCACUUUCCUAGCUGUUUUUCCCAGCACACCCUCACCUUUCCGUUCCUGUCCCGGUGCCUCACGCUAUACUACUGUGUCAGCCCUGAUCCAGGUGCUGCUUGCACUCAGUGAACCAGGGAAAUACAGCUGUGAGGAGGAGCAGGAUAAUUCUGCCAUUGAUGAUGCAGUGCAAUUCAUUAAUGAACUACACCACCAUGGAUACAAGUUCAAACUCAUCAAAAAGGAUAGCCGCACAUAUCAGAAGACGGGUGAUUCCUGUGAUGUUGUCAUGGCACUGACCUUAGAGGAGACCAUUUGCCACAUCGUGAACCCCAAACCUGUGCCUUCAAGCGAAGAACUGUUGGCCACCUGCCCUGAUUGCCCCACUCUUCUGCCUUUGCAUGAUCCUAAAGGCCUGGAGAGUGUGAAAGCUGCUCUUGACAAGUAUAAUAAGGAUGCUGAACAUGCAUCCUACUUUAAAUUACUGGAAGUAGGCAGACUAACUGCGCAGCAUAACAUGGUGUCCGGAAUGAGCUAUUUUGCUGAGUUUGCCAUAGUGGAGACUGAGUGCUCAGACAAGGUGAAAGCAGAGGAAAGACCAGCAUGCAAGUUGCUAUGCUCUCCAGCAGCUCGCUAUGGAUUCUGCCAGUCCACCCAACUUGGAAAUGGUAUUGUGACUGUAAAUUGUGAGAUUUAUGAUGCCCAGGAAAACGCUGCAAGCAUCAUAAAGGCCAUCACAGCCACCCAGGUCAUCAUGAGCGACAAGAACAUGGCCCCCGCCCAGGUCACCAUGACCGAUCUGAUCACCCUGAUCACCCACCACAUCAUAAACCAGGUCCUCCUGGUUUUCCUCAUCAUAGAGGUCCUCCUCACCAUGGAGAUCCUCCUCAUCAUGGAGGUCCUCCUCGUCCUGGAGGUCCUCCUCAUCAUGGAGGUCCUCCUCCUGGAGGUCCUCCUCAUCAUGGAGGUCCUCCACACCAUGGAGGUCCUCCUCAUCAUGGAGGUCCUCCACCCCAUGGGGGUGACCAUCACGAAAAGAAACGUCCAAAGCCAACUGGACCACCCCACCAGUUCCUGUCAAGAUCCUUCAAUUAAAGAUGCUGCUGCACAGGCUAUGGACAAAAUCAACCUAGAACGCAGCAAAGGCUACAUCUUUAGCCUGGAACGUCUCAGCAACGUCGGCCUGCUGCGCCACGGUGAGACUGGAGUGGUGUAUUAUCUAACAAUUGAUGUCCUUGAGACUGACUGCCACGUCCUCAGUAAGAAGAACUGGAGGAACUGCAAAGUCAGAGACAUUGGUGGACACCCGGUGUAUGGUCAGUGCAGAGCAGUGUUCUACAUAAACAGAUUUCAUAGAGUCUCCCGCCUCUACAAAUACAGCUGUGCAGUCAGGCCAGUCCCUACCUCCAAAAUUGCUUUGGUAUGCCCUGACUGCCCAGUUCUAAUUCCACUGGAUAAUGAAGAAGUCCAGAAGACUAUGAGGAUGGGCCUGGAGAAGUACAAUAAGGAGAGCAUGCAGGCUAACUACUUUACUCUUCUUAACAUCACAAGAGCUACUAGCCAAGCUGCAGAGGAGGAAAAGAAGAGGCAUCUGCUGGAACAGAAGCUGGACCACAGUCACAGUACCACUGCUGAUAUGUCCUUAGGGCAUGACCACACUCAUGACCACACACAUGCCCACUCCCCCUCACACACACAAGACCAUGAUCAUCCCCACGAUCACAGGCAUGAUCAUGACCAUAAAGCCCUGCAUGCCCACGAUCACACCAAGGAUUUCGGCCACCACCACACACAUGAACAUAACGAGGGUCAUGGUCAGUCCCAUGGUCAUGCACACUCCCAUCACCAUGGUCAUGACCAUGACCACACACACUCACACCACGCCAAAGCUCACAACCACACUCAGGACCAGGGCAAGCACCCUCACCACAACUAUGGUCACAGCGAUGGGGAAACCCAUGAGCAUGACCACGAGUUAGCGCUGGACCAUGAGCACAAACACGCACAUCUCCAUGAGUAUGAGCAUCACCACCAUCAUCAUGAACACCAGCAUGAAAGCUCAACUAAACGGCCUGAAGGAGUGGUCUACGUGCUGCCCUCUAUGGACAAGCCCAUGAUUCUUCCUUCCCACCCUGACCAGCCAGUGGCUGAGCCAGCACAGCCAUCCACUCUGCCCUUCCACCCUGACCCACAGAUUCCUGGAGAGAGAGAGCCCACCAUAAUGCCCUUCCCAUCUGCCCAGUCCAGGGAGUGCCCAGCAGACUUCAAGACUGAGAGCAAACUCAUUAAGGAGGUCUUUGCUCAGGACCCUCUCUUCAAAAGUGCUCCUGCAUGUGAAAAGCCUUUGCUGGUGAAAGUUCAGGGUUUGCUGUGUGACCAGAACUGCACACAUAUUUGCGUCUUCUCUGUCUGCUCAGGGUCGGCUAAAGGAGAUUUACUGGAGAAAAUGCUGCAAUACGUCUUUCUCUUAUUUAUAUGCUUGCACUUGCAGAAUGGUAUUGCCACACCUGAUCCUACAGGGUGCAUGGACCCGGCUAUUGUGAAGGCAGCUGAGGAGACACUGGAUCAUAUCAAUGCAUACAGAGAAGAAGGGUACAUCUUCUCACUGAACAGAAUAUAUGAUGUCAAGCAAGAGGCAAAGGAGGGAGGUGCAAGCCAGUUACAUCUGAUAAUAGACGUGCUGGAAACAAAGUGUCACGUGAUCAGCAGAAAGACAUGGAAGUCAUGUGAAGUAAAGACAGUUUCGGAUGUUCCAGUCUUUGGAAAAUGUGAAGCAUCAGUCACUUUUCAGACCACUAUAAUACUGCAUAACUUUAACUGCACCAUUCAGCAAGUUCCUGCUGUUGCCAUUGUUGACACUUGCCCAGACUGUCCAACAGCAGAGCGCCUGGAUGAACCUAUUAUAGUAGAGACAGCAAAUCUUUCUAUGCAAAAAUUUAACAAAGAGACAACCAUGCCCAAUUACUUUACUCUCCUGAACAUAACAUCUGCAAGUAUGCAGUGGGUUGUUGGUCCAGCCUAUUUUGUGGAGUUCACCAUUCAGGAGACAGAUUGUGCCAAAGCCUCAAAAGCCCCAACUGAUGUUAGUUUCACUCAAUGUCGCCCAAAGGAUGGUCCAUCUAUGAAAGGAUUUUGUACUGGCUCACACACAACCAUUGAUGAUGGCCCUGAGAUCAAAAUUCCCAUAGAGGUCAAAUGUUCCAUCUAUAAAUCAACACCUGAUACUGAGCCAGAGAAGUUCCAUGAUGCAAUCAACCACAGAACAACUGAAAAACCUACAACAGUCCAAACUCCCUCUGGAUCUGUGCUGCUUCUGCCCCCUCCACCCAUCCCGAUGCCACCCAGAGCACGGGCUGCUGCCAGCAACUGCCCUGGAGAAAGGAGACACUCCCUUGGACUAAGAGCACUGAAGCUGUGAACUAACUGUCCGUUAACGUCCUGUCCAUAGCACAUUAUGCAAUCCAAAAAGCACUGGUGUUCAUAUGUAUUAUGUUGUGGUGCUAACUACAUCUUCACAAGGCUGUGAGUUGUACUGUAUGUCUCCCUGUCAAGCCCACACUGUACACUCAUUACACUUUUGUAAGUUGACCUCAGACUACCUAUUAUCACAGAAUUAUAUGCUUUAAAAAGGUUUUACAAGACAGUAGGGUCUUAAAAAUCCAUCUUACCACUGGGUUAUGUAUUGGUUUUGAUUUGGGAUUCGAUCUCCAGUACCACUGACAGUGUGGACAUUUUGAACUUCCAGAUUAAAUCACUAUUUCUAUCAUCUA